CGCUAGGUAGUCGUCGGGGCCCAUGCGGGCGCGUCGGCAUGCCCAGAGCAGGGCGUGUUCGGGGUUAAGGACGAGAUCCCGAGGGGAGUAGGAAGAGAAUCUCCGAGCGAGAGACGGAGGGCAGAGAGAGAGAGGGAGAGUGAUGGGGGAAAGGGGGGGUGGGGAGGGGCGUGGGGAAGAAAAGGAGAGACCAGGAUAACUAGCGAGGUCUCUCCACCCCUCUCUUCUUCCCCGUGGGCAGCUCUCAAGCCUGGGACACUUGCAUCGACCUAUGAGUAUGCCCCAGACCUGACAAUGAUGGUGUACAUUAAUGUCCUCCAGUUGAUAGGGCCCAUCAGACCAUCAUCCACUUAACCACCGUAGCUUGAUCAGGGUCGUGUUAGCGAAGACAAAAAGGCCGGCCCCAUGUGCCAAAAACGUGCUACUCCGCAUCAGACACCAUAUGGAUACCGAUCCGGGGGUUAUGAGAUAUCCACAUGGGGCCUCCUCGCCAAGAUCGGCAGUUUGGCCACAGCACAGCUACCACUCCCCGAGUGUCGACUAUCCUUGGUUUCUAUUUCUUAGAGAGUUCCAACCGACGGGAGGUCUGACUGCAUAAUUGCCUCUUUCCUGCCCCCCCCCCCUCCCCUGUAACGCCUUUGCGAUGCAUAUUCGACACCCCUUCGCUUGAUCACUCAAGUUGUCUACCGUCGCGAUGAUCAGCACAAUCCUGGCGAGCGUAGGCUUCGCCGUGGCCCUCUCCUAUCUGGGGUUGGUGUUCCCGAGGCUGAUGCAAGAAUGGAAACUCCACGCGCACCGCUCGGGGCUGCCGCCGGGGCCCAAGGCGAUCAAGUCCGGCAUCUCGAAGCCGUGGAUCUGGUUCCGGGAGCUGAACCAGCAGUACGGCGACGUGGUGUACCUGCAGAUGGGGCCGACGCCGACGAUCGUGCUGGGGUCGGCGCAGGCGGCGUGGGACCUGCUGGAGAAGCGCGGGGCCAAGUUCUCGUCGCGGCCGCGCUUCAUCGUCGGCGGCGAGCUCCUGUCCGGCGGCAUGCGCGGCCUCAUGGCGCCCUACGCGCCCUUCUGGCGCCGCUGGCGCAAGCUCCUGCACAGCGGCUUCAUGCAGCGCCAGAGCGAGACCUACCGCCCCAUCCAGAGCCUCGAGUCCAAGGUCCUCAUGCACGACCUGGUCCAGAGCCCUGCCCGGUUCAGGACGCAUCUCGAGCGCUACGCCGCUUCCGUCAUCGUCGUGGUCACCUACGGUCGACGCGUCGAGGACGUGGAAACCGACAUCGUCGUGCGGCGCAAUGCCGAGUCGAUGGACCGUCUGACGCAGGUUAACAUUCCCGGCAAGUACGCCGUGGAGCGCUACCCGGCGCUCAAGUACAUCCCGAGCAUCUUCGCGCCGUGGAAGGCCGAGGUGCUGCGGCAGAAGCAGAAGGACAUCCAGCUGUACACGGAGCUCAUGGACGAGGUGCGGGAGCGGCGGGCCAAGGGGACGCUGCCCGAGUGUUUCGCGAAGCACUGCCUCGACGAGCAGGCCAAGCUGGGCAUCCCCGAUCUCGAGGUUGCCUACGCCGCCGGGUCUCCGUUCGGCGCCGGCGUAGAGACGUCGUCCGGCUCGAUUGCCAGCUUCCUCCUCGCGUGCGUCAGGUUCGGCCCCCGCUUCAUCCCCCAGGCCCAGGCCGAGCUCGACCGCGUCGUCGGGAGAGACCGGCUCCCUACCUUCGAGGACCUGCCUCUCAUGCCGUACGUCAAGGCCGUCGCCUCGGAGACGCUCCGCUGGAGGCCCAUCGCCGUGCUCGGCGGCACGCCGCACGCGAGCACGGCCGACGACGUAUACAAGGGGAUGUUCAUCCCCAAGGGGAGCACUAUCAUCGCGCCGCUCUGGAGCAUCCACCUCAACGAGUCCGACUUCCCCGAGCCGCACGAGUUUCGCCCGGAGCGCUUCACGGAGCCGCGCCAGUACCCGGGCACCUUCGGCCACAGCGCCUUCGGCUGGGGCCGCCGCAUCUGCCCGGGCAUGCAUCUGGGGAGCGCCUCGGUGGAGCUGAACAUCGCGCGCAUCCUCUGGGGGUUCGACGUCGCGCCGGCUAAGGACGCGAGCGGGAAGGACGUCGACGUCGACAUAUUCGCCUUCUCCGACGGCUUCAACUCCAGCCCGCUGCCGUUCGAGUGCUCGAUAACGCCGCGCUCGCAGCAGCACGUCCGGGUCGUGGAGCGGGAGUACCAGGACGCGCUCAAGUCGCUCAAGACCUACACCGCGGUCGCCAACCGAGUCACUUGA